GGAAAGAGUGUGUACGUAAGAUAAUCGAAUUUUGAAGAAGUGGUAGAAGAGUAGCGACUGUCAAGUCAAAAAGUAAAGUUGGAGAAAAAAUGACUACCUCUGUCGUUUCGUCGUCGCGUAAAAUUUGGUUCUAGAUUGACUGAUUAUCCGGUAUCAGACAAGUGAAAAGUGCUUUUGGCUUUUUUAAACAACUGUCUAUCGCAAGCAUCAACGACCGUGGCGAAUAUUAGACCGCGAAAGGAAACCAAAAUCACAACAGCAAAAGAUGUUCGAAGGUGAUUUGCGCCCGGAACAUAACGAAGGGAAAUUCUGUCGACUAUGCUUCAACAAAUCCAACGAUUUGUGUCCGCUAUUUCCACCAGCCAGCAUUCCGAACAAAGCUCUGCUUCAUAAAAUUUUUGACUGCACCACCAUAACGCUAAGUUUUCGAGAUGAUCACAAUGCCCAAAUUUGCUCCAGUUGCAUUGUCAGUGUUGAAGCCUUCUUUAAGUACAAAAUUAAAUGCGUUGAGAAUGAUAAGUUGUUGCGAAAACGAAGAACUAAUUUUUUCUCUGGACUCGGCCUCACCGCGGACCCUGUCUCAGUACGGGCCAGCGGAAUAUUGGAUGAUGAGGAAAAACAGCUGACAAAAUCGGAUUCCAACUCAAAAUCAGACGAUGGCACUAAUAACUUGCAAGUUAAACAGGAAGUGGUCGAUGAGGAUGAUGAAGGCGGAUUUUUCAAUCCAGAUCAAUUUCUCUCACAAGAGACCCAAAUUGGCGACAAACAAAUCGACCAAGCUUCACUGAAUGGAAAUGAUCAACCCAAUUUUGGGUCCGGUAAUAGUAGUUUUGAACGAGGUUGGAGAACAACAGAAUUUUCCCCUCAACCUGGCAGUUCUGGGUUGAAACCGCUUAAAAUAACGGACUAUUCUAAUCUGACAGGCAAACGGGGACGACCUCAAAAAUUUAUAACGACCGUACCUACGGAGCGACUUCUUGCGCGCCCAGGUAUGCAUCCCAAUCCAUUCCACACUUCGUCCCCAUUACCACCUCAAGCUCGUGGCUUUGAAAGUGCCUAUCGCCAGCACCUGAACAUGAGCAAUGGCGGAAAACUUUCUAUCCAUCCACCGAUGCCAAUAGGAAGCCGUUACGACCCCUUCUUAGUGAAUACAGUUGAACAAACGAGGAAAGUUCAAAAAUUCCUUGAUGAUGGUCUACGAGAUCUGAUACUCAAUGCGGGUGCACCAAAUCCAAAUUUCGUGGUGGACGGAGGCUAUACCAGCUUCAAGGUGGUGAAAGCACGAUGCAACUCAUACAAUCUGAUUUUUGAGGCAAAUCGUUUUCUGCGACGAAACAAAUCCUGCAGUGGAUUACCCAAAUGGUACUGGGCAUGCAGUAUUAAUGGAUGUCCGGUAAAGGUUUGCAGCUAUAAAGGGCGACUGUUUAAAACGAACGACAAAAUAAACCAUAUUCAUCCUCCAACUGAGACGGAUGACAAACAGCAUGAGGCAAUUCUGCCAGAACAUGCGGACGAAGCUGCGUUGCAGCAAGAACACCAAUCGCCUACUGUUUCACCGCACCCACAAUCGCGACAGCAACCGGCAAGACUUAUGAGCAAAUCGCCGUUGACGGCGAAAAUUGAUAGCGUAACCGAGUCUCUUAAGGAAGAGGAAUUCCUUGAGGAUACGGAUGCUUAUAAAAUUCUGAAAGGCGAAGACGGUGAUGAAGAAAGCCUACUGUACAAAAAUCACAAGCACAAAUUAAUAAAGAUCGAAAAGAAUGCUGUGAAGGUAUGGGAGUGUAUCAGUAAGACCGAAAAUGAUGAGAAAUGUAAAGAUAUCAUUUAUCAACUGCACAAUGGAAAAAUCAAGCUGGAAAGUAAAAUCAAAAAGGAAGGCUUGAGCGAAGAAGAGGAUGAGGCUGCAAAUGAUGAUGAGGCUGACGGUGGCAAGCGAAAAAGCAGAGCCCCGAAGGUAGCUCUCUAUGAGGGUUAUCAAUAUAAAUAUUGUCAUGCUAGACCGGAGGGAUCACUGUACUGGAGAUGUAUGAUGAGGCAGGAAAGCAACUGUCAGGCUUCCUUACAUACGAAGGCUACAUUUGAAUUCAUCAAUUUCAAUGAUCAAGCACACAAUCAUGACCCACCAGAUCCAACUGUUCAGAUUGAGAAUGUAAUUAUAUGCAACGUGAUAGCACCACAGAAGGUUCCGUCUACGCCACCAACAGGAUCGACGGAUUUUCAGCUUGUUAAAAGCGGACAAAAACGAGAAUUUCUCAUUUAUCAGGGCUAUCGUUACUAUUUCCAAUACGAAUCUAAAAAUGGCAAGCGCUCUUAUCGGUGCACCAUGUUUCGUAAUUGUCCAGCAGGAGCAUUUUUAAUGCCAGACAACACAAUUGCAGAGGCUAAAAAUUUUGUUCACACUCAUCCUCCGACGGAAAACUUGGAAAAGUACGUCACCAAGGAUAGUUUAAUAACGAGUCCCAUCAAAGACGCCGAUGGUCAACCAAGAAGACAGCAGCAAACAGUUGCCGAAAGUGGCCAAUUCCCAAUGUUAUCUGAUCCCGUUGUCAGUGCUAGCAGCAAUGAGGAUGUCGCUCGCGCGAAUGGAUAUAAAAUUAUACUGAAUUACAAAAACAAAGAAAUUCUCAUAUACAAUGGUUGGCGAUACUUUGUCGAUUAUAAGAAAAAAAACGGAGGACAAGUCUGGCGCUGUUCAUCGCAUCGACUCUGUCGUGGUGCUGUACAUCUUUUCCCGGAUGGGUCGAUUAACUUUGCCAAACUUGUCGACCACAAUCAUAUGCCUCCGAAGCGAAGCCUUAGUACACCUAAUUCCGCAAUGGACUCUAGUAGAAUGGGGGAUAGUUCAAAUAACAGCAGCUUUGGUAGCGGGCUAUUGCUCGAUACGUCGGCCAACGCGUAUGCUCCUCCGUAUCAUCGGUAUAUUGUGCACAAUGGCCACCGAUUCCGGUUUGCGACUCGUAAGCGCGAGGGUACGAUUUAUUGGCGUUGCGCCAUGAGGCUAGAUACCAAGUGCCCGGUUUCGUUCCAUACGAAGGAAGAUACGUACGAAUUAGUAAGCAUGAGAAACCACGAACACAAUCACGAAAUACCAGCAGUCUGGCCCGAGGUAGCUGGUGGUCAAAUUGAGGAGGAGCUUCCAACAGUGAAGCUACCUCAGGAGGAAAUAGGAACAUCCGAUUACAUAUUGGCAAAAAAUUCAAAAGGGCGGGAUGUGAUAUUGUAUCAGAAUGGCCGGUACUAUCUCGAUUAUUCGAGGAAGGAUGGAAAAAUCGUCUUUCGGUGUUCAUCAGUUGCGGGCUGUCGUGCUACUGUCUUUCUACUACCUAAUAAGACAUUACAAGUCCCCCGCGAUCUGGUGCAUACUCACGGUGCAACAUCGAUGAUGAAUAAUCUUUUGAAUCGACCCAAUGCAAACAUGCUCGAUCAAAGUGGAGGCUCAAAGUCGGAUGAUGAAGUCCAAUUGAUUGCCACUCCGGAUCCACUUAGCAUAGAUUUAGAUCAGUCCAUGGAACCAACAUCCUCUUCAUCCGCGUCAUCGUCGCUACUACUGCCCAAGUUUAUUGUUCACCAUGGAUAUCAUUACAAAUAUGUCUCUAAAAAUAUGAAUGAUCAGACGGCAUUUUGGCGAUGCUCGAAUUAUGAAGCGAAAAUGAAUUGCCAGACUUCGUUGUAUACAACACUCAGUGGACAAGUGAUACGUACUAACAAUAUUUUACAUAAUCACAAAGCAGAAGACUACAAUAAUGCUUCUGCCAACAAUAGCUUAGCUAAAAGGAAAAAUCUUAUUGGAUCACGCGAUUAUAAAAUUGUGAAAAAUUGGAAAAACCGUGACGUGUUGGUAUUCCAACAAUGCCGUUACUUUUUGCACUAUGUCAGAAAGGAUGGUCGGAAAGUGUGGCGUUGCUCUGCGAUACGAAGUUGUCACGCGGCAGUGUAUCUGGGCGCAGAUGGUCGCGUGGACCAGGUUAAAGGAGAACAUGUACACGAUGUGCGCUUGGAAGGAGAGCCGAGAAGAAGGCGUCCCAGGAAACCACAUUUGGAACUCACACCAUCAGUUGGUACUCCUGGCGGUAAUGGAUCAGUUCAUCCUGGCAAUGGAAACGAAUGGAUCGACUAUAGUGACUAUGGCAUGCAAUUAAAUAGCAGUAACGACAACAAUUCCCUGUGGGAUAACUUUAAUCCUCAUCAGAUGGCAGCCGGAUUAGCUGGUGAUAAUGGAGGAAAUUUCGAUUUCAGUUAUCAUUCUGUUUUCGGCAAUCAGCCUAACUUUGGAGAUAGUUUUGGAAUGCUGGCAGAUGAUGCUGAUACAACUGGACUUGAUGAUGAUGAUGAGGGUCUUCCUCUGGAACCCGAUGUCAGCUUUCACGAGAAUGAUUCCUAUGAAAAUUUGCAAAACGAACAAGAUCUCGUGCCAUUGGUACAGAUGGAUGGUGUCGAGUAAUUAUUUCAUUUUUAAUUGAAACUGUUGUUUUGAAGCGUUAAAUAUUUAACACUUGUUUUAGAGAAAGAAGCCUAGUUUGUACCUCGUAUCGUCCCGCAAUUUUACCUGAACAAAAAAUUGUUUAUUUCGAUGAAGCAUCUUCUUCGACAAAAAUUGCUGAAGAGAUUUAACUCAUAAACGCAAACAAGUAUUGUUUUUUCAUAAAUGUCAAAUGUAUAGACUUUUUCAAAGUCGAAUGCAAGAGUAAAGAUAGCGAUAAGCAGGGAAAGAUUAGGAAAGAGAAUGUUGAGUGAUACCACCUGUCGCGCAUUUAGCGACCGCUGGAAUGCAGCAUAUAUCCAGAUAAAGAUACUAUGUCUCCAUGUUUCCCUGUUUGGGUGGCGUAGUGAGCUAAAGAACAUAUUCCUAUAUAUAUUAUUUUAAUUUGUAAAAGUCGUAUCAUUUGUUUUUCCAAACUCACAAAAACACACUCGACCUAAAACAGCACAUACUAAAAAUGGAAAAUUAAAAGGAACUGCAAUUUUACAAGCCCCUUUCCACGAUUAAGUACUACAUUAUUCAUAUGAUGCAAAUAUAUUAAUAAAAUUAUAUAUGGUAUUUAUUAUUAGCUAGAUCAAA